CUCUCUGCUCAGCCAUGACCGUGCGUCCGUGCCUUAGACCACCCCUCGGGCAGCAGUAGCUGUGACCACGGCCAGCACUGACUUGGGGGGCAGCCAUCCCGAGGGUUGAUGGCUGGCAUGUCGCAGCGACCACCCAGACCACCCAGCAUGUACUGGUGUGUGGGGCCGGAGGGGUCAGCCGUGUGUCCAGAAGGCGCCAUGGACAGCCCUAAUGGUGCUGGGGACAUGGGCAGCAAACUGUCCGCACCAGGCGGUGACCCCACAGUGCGGUGUCCUGGGACAGAAGACAUUCACACCGCGUACAAGCAGGGCGACUCCAGCAGAGCCCGCCACCUGCUCAGAGAGGCCUGUGACGAGAGCACAUCCCAGCUGGAAAAGGGCCGGCUUCUGAGCAUCUCAGCAGCCUAUGGGGACCUGGAGACCGUCCGGUAUCUGCUCACCGAGAAGCAGGUGGAGCUGCCCACAGAGCCCACGGACGACAACCCCGCCGUGGUGGCGGCACACUUCGGGCACACGGACAUCGUGCACGAAUUACUCGAGUCUUUAACAGGUGGCUGCAGCCCCCAGAGGCUACUGAACUGGAUGCUGGCCCUGGCUUGUCAGCGAGGCCACCUGGGGCUGGUGAAACUCCUGGUCCUCACGCACGGGGCCGACCCCGAGAGCUACGCCGUCCGGAAGAACGAAUUCCCUGUCAUCGGGUGCUUGCCCCUGUACGCGGCCAUCAAGUCAGGGAACGAAGACAUUGCCAUGUUCCUGCUGCGCCACGGGGCUUUCUUCUGCUCCUACGUGCUCCUGGACAGCCCCGACCCCAGCAAACGCCUCCUCAGGAAGCACUUUGUGGAAGCCAGCGCCCUGCCCAGCAGCUGUCCGGGGAAGGUGCCUCUUCAUGUGAAAUGGUCCCACCUCAAGCUGCCCUGGGUGGACAUCGACUGGCUCAUAGACAUCUCCUGCCAGAUCACCGAGAUGGACCUUUCCGCCAACUGCCUGUCCUCCCUCCCGUCGGUCAUCCCCUGGGGGCUCAUCAACCUGCGGAAGCUGAACCUCUCGGACAACCACCUGUGCGAACUGCCCGGGGUGCAGUCCUCAGACGAAAUCAUCUGUUCCAGGCUCCUGGAAAUUGACAUUUCCAGCAACAAGUUAUCCCACCUGCCCCCAGGAUUCUUGCACCUCUCCAAGCUCCAGAAACUGAUCGCCUCGAAAAACUAUUUAGAAAAGCUGUUUGAAGAAGAAAGCGCCACGAACUGGAUUGGUUUGCGGAAGCUACAGGAACUGGAUAUUUCUGACAAUAGAUUGACCGAGCUCCCUGCGAUUUUCCUUCAUUCUUUCAAGUCACUGAAUUUUCUGAACGUCUCCAGAAAUAAACUGAAGGUGUUCCCAGAUGCCUGGGCCUGCCCUUUGAAAUGUUGCAAAGCAUCCCAGAAUGCCCUGGAGCGCCUGCCGGACAGAAUGGCUGUCUUCUGGAAGCAUCACCUGAAGGACGUGGACUUCUCAGAAAACGCACUCAGAGAGGUUCCCCUGGGGCUCUUCCAGCUCGACGCGCUCUUGUCCUUGAGGUUACAGGGUAACCAGCUGGUGGCAGUGCCACCCCAAGAGAAGUGGACCUGCCGGCAACUGAAAACCCUGGACCUCUCCAGAAACCAGUUUGGCAGAAAUGAAGAUGGACUUAAAACCAAGCGCAUUUCCUUCUUCACCACGAGAGGGCGCCAGCGUUCAGGGACUGAGACAGUGUGUGUCCUGGACUUCCCAGCCUUCCUGAGUGACUCUCUGGAAGUCCUGUGUCUGAACGACAAUUAUCUGGAUGCAGUCCCACCCUCCGUCUGCCUACUGAAGGGCUUAUCAGAACUCUACCUGGGAAACAAUCCUGGCCUGAGAGAACUCCCCGCUGAGCUGGGGCAGCUGGGCAACCUCUGGCAACUGGACAUUGAAGAUCUGAACAUCAGCAAUGUGCCUGCAGAGAUCAGGAAAGAAGGCCCCAAAGCAGUGCUGUGCUACCUGCGCGCGCAGCUGCGGAAAGCCGAGAGGUGCAAGCUGAUGAAAAUGAUCGUCGUGGGACCUCCGCGCCAGGGCAAGUCCACGCUGCUGGAGAUCUUGCAGACGGGGCGGUGCCCCCAGCUGGCGCACGGCGAGGCCACCAUCAGGACCACCAAGUGGGAGCUCCAGAGGCCCGCGGGCUCCAAAGCCAAGGUUGAGUCCAUAGAAUUCAACGUCUGGGACAUCGGCGGCCCCACCAGCAUGGCGACCGUCAACCAGUGCUUCUUCACGGACAAGGCCCUGUACGUGGUGGUCUGGAACCUGGCGCUGGGCGAGGAGGCCGUGGCCAGCCUCCAGUUCUGGCUGCUCAACAUCGAGGCCAAGGCCCCCAACGCCGUGGUGCUGGUGGUGGGGACCCACCUGGACUUGAUCGAGAGCAAGUUCCGCGUGGAGAGAAUCGCGACGCUGCGAGCCUACGUCCUGGCUCUCUGCCGCGCGCCCUCCGGGUCCCGGGCCACCGGCUUCCCUGACAUCACUUUCAAACACUUACACGAGGUUUCCUGCAAGAGCCUGGAGGGCCAGGAGGGGCUGCGUCAGCUCAUCUUCCACGUCACCUGCAGCAUGAGGGACGUGGGCAGCACCAUCGGCUGCCAGCGGCUCGUGGGGAGGCUGAUCCCCAGGAGCUACCUGAGCCUCCAGGAGGCCGUGCUGGCGGAGCAUCAGCGCCGCCGCCUGAGCGACGACGUGCAGUACCUGACGGACCGGCAGCUGGAGCAGCUGGUGGAGCAGACACCCUGCAAUGACAUCAACGACUACGAGGACCUGCAGUCUGCCAUCAGCUUCCUCAUAGAGACCGGUGCCCUGCUGCACUUCCCUGACACCAGCCACGGCCUGCGGAACCUCUACUUCCUGGACCCCAUCUGGCUGUCCGAGUGUCUGCAGAGGAUCUUCAACAUCAAAGGCUCCCGCUCAGUGGCCAAGAACGGGGUGAUCCGGGCGGAGGACCUCAGGAUGCUGCUGGUCGGGACCGGCUUCACGCAGCAGACGGAAGAACAGUAUUUCCAGUUCCUGGCCAAGUUUGAGAUCGCCCUGCCCGUGGCCAAUGACAGCUACCUCCUGCCGCACCUCCUCCCGUCCAAGCCGGGCCUGGACACCCACAGCAUGCGGCGCCCCGCGGCCAACACCAUUCAGAGGGUGUUUAAGAUGAGCUUCGUUCCCGUUGGCUUCUGGCAACGGUUCAUAGCGCGGAUGCUGAUCAGCCUGGCAGAGAUGGACCUCCAGCUCUUCGAAACGAAGAAGAACACGAAGAGCAGGCAGCGCAGAGUCACCAUCUACAGCUUCGCGGGCAACCAGAGGAACCGCUGCAGUACCUUCCGCGUGAAGAGGAACCAGACCAUCUACUGGCAGGAAGGCCUCCUGGUCACUUUCGACGGGGGCUACCUCAGUGUGGAGUCCUCGGACGUGAACUGGAAAAAGAAAAAAAGUGGAGGAAUAAAAAUCAUUUGCCAGUCAGAAAUGAGGGACUUCUCCGCGAUGGCUUUCAUCACAGACCAUGUCAACUCCCUGAUCGAUCAAUGGUUUCCCGCCCUGACAGCCACGGAGAGCGAUGGGACCCCGCUCAUGGAGCAGUACGUGCCCUGCCCGGUCUGCGAGACGUCGUGGGCCCAGCACGCUGACCCUAGUGAGAAAUCAGAGGACGUGCAGUACUUUGACAUGGAAGACUGUGUGCUGACGGCCAUCGAGCGGGACUUCAUCACCUGCCCCAGGCACCCCGACCUCCCCGUGCCCCUCCAGGAGCUGGUCCCCGAGCUGUUCAUGACCGACUUCCCGGCCAGGCUCUUCUUGGAGAACAGCAGGCUGGAGCACAGUGAGGACGAGGGCAGCGUGCUGGGCCAAGGCGGCAGCGGCACCAUUAUCUACCGGGCCCGGUACCGUGGCCAGCCCGUGGCGGUGAAGCGAUUUCAGAUCAAGAAAUUCAAGAACUUCGCCAACGUCCCAGCAGACACCAUGCUGCGGCACCUGCGGGCCACGGACGCCGUGAAGAACUUCUCGGAGUUCCGGCAGGAGGCCAGCAUGCUGCACGCCCUGCAGCACCCCUGCAUCGUGUCCCUCAUCGGCAUCAGCAUCCACCCCCUCUGCUUCGCCCUGGAGCUCGCCCCGCUCGGCAGCCUCAACACCGUGCUGUCCGAGAACGCCAAAGGUUCUUCCUUCAUGCCCCUGGGCCACAUGCUCACCCAGAAGGUCGCCUACCAGAUCGCCUGUGGCCUGGCCUACCUGCACAAGAAGAACAUCAUCUUCUGCGACCUGAAGUCCGACAACAUUCUGGUCUGGUCCCUGGACGUCAAGGAGCAUGUCAACAUCAAGCUGUCGGACUACGGCAUCUCGAGACAGUCUUUCCAUGAGGGCGCCCUGGGCGUGGAGGGCACCCCUGGCUACCAGGCCCCGGAGAUCAGGCCUCGCAUCGUGUACGAUGAGAAGGUAGACAUGUUCUCCUACGGAAUGGUGCUGUACGAGCUGCUGUCCGGACAGCGGCCUGCGCUGGGCCACCACCAGCUUCAGAUUGCCAAGAAGCUGUCCAAGGGCAUCCGCCCGGUGCUGGGGCAGCCGGAGGAAGUCCAGUUCCAUCGACUGCAGGCGCUCAUGAUAGAGUGCUGGGACACAAAGCCCGAGAAGCGACCGCUGGCCCUGUCGGUGGUGAGCCAAAUGAAGGACCCGACCUUCGCGACCUUCAUGUACCAGCUGCCCUGUGGGAAGCAGACGUCCUUCUUCUCGUCGCAGAGUCAGGAAUACACGGUGGUGUUCUGGGAUGGGAAAGAAGAGUCCAGGAACUACACGGUGGUGAACACGGAGAAGGGCCUUCUGGAGGUGCAGCGGAUGGGCUGCGCAGGGAUGCGGCCGAGCUGCCAGCUCAAAGUGCAGAGCUCGCUGUGGAUGGCCACCGAGGACCAGAAGAUCUCCAUCUACAGCCUCAAGGGCAUGUGCCCCUUAAACACGCCCCAGCGGGCCUUGGACACCCCGGCUGUCGUCACCUGCUUUCUCGCGGUGCCUGUUUUAAAAAAGAACUCCUACCUGGUGCUGGCGGGCCUGGCCGACGGGCUGGUGGCGGUGUUCCCGGUGGUGCGGGGAGCCCCAGACGACAGCUGCUCCUACCUCUGCUCACACACGGCCAACAGGUCCAAGUUCAACAUCCCGGACGAAGACGUGCGGCAGAACCCCUACCCCGUGAAGGCCAUGGAGAUCGUCAACAGUGGGUCGGAGGUGUGGUACAGCAACGGCCCAGGCCUCCUGGUCAUCAACUGUGCCACCCUGGACAUCAGCAGGCGGCUGGAGCCCUACGCGGCCCCGUCGGUGGUCACCUCGGUCGUGUGCAGCUCGGAGUGCAAGGGCGAGGAGGUGGUCUGGUGCCUGGACAACUGGACCAACUCCUUGGUGAUGUACCAUUCGGCCACGUACCAGCUGUGUGCCCGGUACUUCUGCGGGGACCCCAACCCUCUUAGGGACAUGUUUCCUGUGCACCUGUCGGGCCUAGAGCCGCCGGACAGCCACACGGCCAGCCCGAAAGAGCCCGAGGCAGACUCCAUCACGGACGUGAGCAUCAUGUACAGCAAGGAGCUGGGCACGCAGAUCCUGACGCACCAGGACUCGCUGACCGACUACUGCUCCAUGUCCUCCUGCUCUUCGUCCCCGCCCCACCGGGCCCCCCUGUCCUCCAGCCUGCCCUGCUCCCCGGCAAGCUCCUCCAGCGUGCCCUUCUCCACCGACGGCGAGGACUCGGACCGGCUGCUGGAGCCCACAGCCGGCUCCGACAGGUCGGAGCACGAGCUGACCCCCGUGGACGGGGAGGCUUUCAACCAGCACCUGCAGGCCGUGAAGGUCCUCGCGGUGAAGGACGUCAUCUGGGUCCCCAGGCGUGGCGGAGAUGUUAUCAUCAUCGGCCUGGAGAGGGAUGCAGGCGCCCAGCGGGGCCGAGUCAUCGCCGUCCUGAAGGCCCGAGAGCUGACUCCGUGGGGGGUACUCGUGGAUUCGGCUGUGGUGGCAAAGGACACGGUUGUGUGUGGUUUUGAGAAUGAGAACACGGAAUGGUGCCUGGCUGUGUGGAGGGGCUGGGGCACCCGGGAGUUUGACAUUUUCUACCAGUCCUACGAGGAGCUGGGCCGGCUGGAGGCUUGCACGCGGAAGAGGAGGUGAUCCCCGUGGACUGACUGUCACUUGGACCUGGCGGGCCCAGGCCAGUGGCUGACCCUUCCGCCAGCAGCCCUCAGCCCCCGGAGGACCAAGAAAGGAGCUGGGCUCUCCAUGAACCACUUGCUGCUAAGACGUGCUGAGAGGUCCCCGCCCUGGCGGUGGUUUCGGGGUUCCCUGGUUCGCCAGGGCAGUUCCCUAGACCCCCCCCCUUGCUGGUUUUUCAGCCCAGAGCACGAUGCUGGGGUCUGGAUGAGAGCAACUCCCCCUGCCUCCUCUCUCCACUUCCAGGAGCAGAGGAGGGGGGCCUGUUCUGGGCUGGGACACAAAGGAGGGGGGCUGGGCCUUCCCAGCACACAGGGCUUGCCCAUUUUCCUCCCCAGGUCUGGGAUGGAAUUACACUAGUCCUCUCAGUUGGAGAGCAGUUCGGGGCAGAGUGGGAGGAGGGCGCGACCCCUGCCCCUUCCCCUGGUGGCCCCCGGGUUCUCAGCACAUUUCACAAGCUCCGGCGUCCCCGGGGCCUGGGGCCCUGCUCGGGAAAGCUGAGAUCAUAUGUCUCCCGCUCAGCUCGGGAAAGUCUCUGUGUGAGAAACCCCCAGAAGGACCCUCCGGGAGGAACAUUGCCCAAUCUGGGGAAUGAAUGAGUUCCUUCAAGCGAGCUAGCCCAGGGCUGCCCGUUCUUCACCUUCUGCGCCGACAAAAGGAAGGAGACAGUCAGCAGGGCUGAGAAAGGGCCUGUGUUUACGGCUUCGUCGAAUAAACUGGGGAUACAGCUGGGGCACAAGUCCUGUUUGUUUGCACAUCAUAAUCUUGUUUAUCACUUUCACAAAUUAAGGGAUAGCACAGCAGGGAGGCCUCUGGUUGUGAAAUUAUAGACUAUGGGGCUUAUAGCAAAUGGUGUGUUUGCUAAACGUUGACUCCACACAAGUACAGCCGAGCAGAGUAAAAGGGGAACCGUCAGCGGGGGUGUCGGGGCGCAACAGCGAGAAUGCGUAUAGGUUGUGCACACGUACACACGCACCUGUGCACGUGGUUUCCGAGAGUAACCAGCUGAGGCCGCUUCACCCAGAACAGCAGCGUGAAUGUGCAUGGUGGACCUUUGUCCAAAAUUAAGUUAUAAGAAUAAAAACUGAAGAUUUGCUGGGGUGUGCGGGCUAAUGGGACUCCUUUUAUCAGAAAAUAAACAGAC